GAAAAAAGAAAAGACGCUAGCUCAUCGACGCUAAUUUGACGGACAUUCGAUAUUAAGAUGUAUUUAUAAAUAAAACAAUGUUUAAUUAAUUAAACAUAAACCUUUGACUAUAUGUCUGCCAAGCCGCGCAUCCUGAUUAUUGAGCCGUUCUACGGUGGCAGCCACAAACAGCUAAUCACCGCCGUCAUCGAUCGUCUUAAUCCAACCGACUAUGAACUCUUCACCCUGCCUGCCAAGAAGUGGCACUGGCGGGCACGCACCUCCGCCCUCUACUUCUCCCAGUUGAUACCGCUGGACCACCAGUACACGGUGCUCUUCACCAGCUCCGUGCUCAGCCUGGCCGAGCUGAUAGGACUGCGUCCCGAUCUGGGCUCAUGCCGGAAGAUUGUGUACUUUCACGAGAAUCAGCUCAUCUAUCCUGUGCGAGAGGUGAAGACCCGUGACUGCCAAUAUGGACUGAAUGAGAUACUCACCUGCCUCGUUGCCGACACAGUGCUCUUUAAUUCCCACUUCAAUCGGACCUCCUUCCUGGACAACGUGCAGCCCUUUCUUAAUAUCCAGCCUGACUUUCGGAUAAAGAAUAUUCGGGAGAAAGUGGAAAAGAAAUGCGAGGUUCUGUACUUUCCCAUCAGGUUCAGCGAGUUCCCUAGCCGGCUGGAGAAUUCCCUCCGUGCGGAGGGCGAGCCCGAAUGCCUGCAUCUGGUUUGGCCCCAUCGCUGGGAGCACGACAAGAAUCCCGAGCUGUUGGCCGAAGUACUCAUUGGGUUAAACGAGCGCCAAGUGGACUUCAAGGUGACCAUAUGUGGCGAGAGCUAUCAAACAGUUCCUCAGCCCUUUGAACGCCUGCAGGAGAAGCUGGGCACCAAGCUCAUCAGCUAUGGGGCAUUAUCCCGCGAGGACUAUGUGAAAACACUGCUUGCUGGCGACAUUGUCAUCUCGACUGCUGACCACGAGUUCUUUGGCGUGGCCAUGCUGGAAGCCACCUAUUGCGGCUGCUAUCCCAUUGCGCCCAACAAGUUGGUGUACCCGGAGAUAUAUCCAAAGGAAAACCUAUACAACACCUCCAAUGCCCUGAUCAAGAUGCUAGCCAACUUGUGCCGCAAUCCACGAGUGUUUCGCACGCGUCGUGAUAAGUUCUUUGAGAUGUUCUCCUUUAAUCCCUACUCGGCGGAGCACCUGCUUCCUAUUUAUCUAGAUAAAAUAAAAGGAGACUAAGGUGGAAGAGAUAAGAUAAA